AUGGAAACUAUUGAAAAUAUUGCUGGGUACCAAAAUUACUGGGAGACGACUUCAGUGUUGUGGAAUGAUGAGCUUAACAGUUGGGCAAUGGAUCAGGCAUCUACGCAGUGCUAUGAUUCAAGCUUGCUGGACGGAGCUGCUUCAACAAUAGCCUCUAAAAAUAUGGAUUCAGAGAGAAAGAGGAGGAAGAAGCUCAAUGACAAGCUCUUAGCACUUAGAGAAGCAGUCCCCAAAAUCAGCAAGCUUGACAAGGCUUCCACAGUCAAAGAUGCUAUUGAGUACAUCCAAGAUUUGCAAGAACAAGAGAGGACACUGCAAGCUGAGAUAAUGGAACUUGAAUCCGAGAGAUUGAAGAAAGAUCCUGGAUAUGACUUCGAGCAAGAGCUACCAGUCUUGUUAAGAUCCAAGAGAACAAGAUCUGACCAAAUUUAUUAUCCUAUGAGUUAUCCUAUCGAAGUUCAUGAAGUAAGUUACUCUUUUUGCACCGGUGUGACCUAA